UUCUGGAUUAUUCCAUUUCCGAGUAUCUUCGAAUGCACCACCCCAAAUCUAAAUUCGAGACUAAUGAAAACCAGCUUGAGCUGAAGCUAACUCUCGUAAAACAGUAAUUUUAAGACCAAAUUCGCUGUUUAUGUCCAUGUAUUAUUUGUACAAUGUCACUAGUGAUUGAAGACACACACGGGUGGCUGUUGGACGCGUGCUCGCUCAUCGACCAGGGAUACACGAGCUGUUUUCGACGUCGAAGCGAACUUCAGUCGGAAAUGGUGGGACGUUUUAAAAAGCAGUACUUCCGGAUUUUGAAGAGCUACGGCAUUCAGAGUAAAAAUAAUAAUAAUCCUGAUAAUAAAAACCUGGACGUUUCGCAGAAUGUAGAAAGGCCACCAAAGAAGCGAAAGCGCAAGCAAAUUGAACUCAACCAUGGGGAGAUCGAUUCCAUGGCAUUUCACGAGAAGGUCCGAUGUGUUAUUCUGGAAGGAACCAAAUCCCUGGUGGAGUCUGCUACACAUCUAGGAUACCUUCAAGGAGGUCUGGAUGCAGUAAAUGACAUCCCUCCAUGCCAUGAGUGCAACCUGGCCAGCUUGUGCGACAUGGCCAAAGAACUCCCUUUGGUGGAGGAUGAGAACCAGGAGAGCUCCAUCCAGUUCCUCAACAAUGACACAGACAGCAUGUCCCAUCUGGACUUGUUCUCCUGCGUGACGGAGAACCCGGCAGAGCAUGCGGCGUUGACGAUGUUGAUGGGGGAAGAGUACGUCAUCCCACCACGCGCGGCGUUUCUACUCUCAGAUUUCUCCCGGAUGCAGCCGCUUCUUCAAUGUGGACGCAAGUUUGAUGUCAUCGUUUUGGAUCCGCCGUGGGAGAACAAGUCUGUAAAGAGAAGUCGCAGGUACAAUUCUUUGCCAUCAUCACAACUGAAAAGACUCCCCAUACCCAACUUGGCGUCCCCUGACAGUUUAGUAGUCACCUGGGUGACCAACCGGCCAAGCCACUUGCGCUUCGUCCGUGAUGAACUCUACCCGCAUUGGGGGGUGGAGCCUGUGGCCCAGUGGUUCUGGGUUAAGAUUACCACAGAUGGCCAUUUUGUGUUCCCGCUGGAUUCGCCGCACAAAAAGCCAUACGAGGUGAUGGUCCUGGGCCGAUAUCGCAGCGACGCUCAGACCAGUCCCUCAGAAAUGUGUGUUGGUGACGUCGCUCCUGUGCAAGAUCAACGGCUGAUUGUUAGCGUGCCCUCAACGAUCCACUCCCACAAACCGUCACUUGCAGAGGUGUUGAAGCCGUACAUCAAAGGGGACGCCAAAUGCCUGGAGCUGUUCGCCCGAAGCCUCCAACCGGGUUGGACCAGCUGGGGCAACGAGGUCCUCCGCUUUCAACACAGCAGCUACUUCACGCUAACGCCCGCUAGCCAACACGCAUGACUGGAAGAAGAUGAUGUCAGCGCGGUCAUUUUCCCGGCGCCAGAGGAAGAUGAAGCACCGCCCUCCCCAUCUUCCACCCUCCACCAGCUUCCCAACGGCUCGCCUUUUAGGUGAUGUUUGAUUUUCCCUCAGACUUUUCAUGAUGACACAUUGACAUGAGUGAGUUAGUCCAUGUAAUGGUAGCGCUACCGCACUAUGUGGAUGGGAAGCGCUAAAAGCAACAGCUCAGCCCACAUCCCGGGGCUGCUAAUUGACCCACCGUUCAAUCAAUUGUCUCAUUAAAUAUGUAAUUGCCUGGAGGUGAACCACACAAAGACUCACAAAACACAAUUAGCGAUUAGAUAAAGAGAUGAAAACACAUCCAACUUCUCAAAAGACUUUGGCUAGCCUGUGUCAAAAGUUAACGGUAAAGUCAACUGAAUCUGCCAACCUUCGGAAAAAAUGAGAGUUCAUUUUCAUUCCCUUUUUUCUUCCUCCUUGAGGGAGGCUAAAGUGUUAUAAAACAUUAAAAUGAUCAAUUCAAGGCACUGUGGCGUCAUCGGACCGUUUGACGUGCUGUUUUCUGAGUGGGGAGGUAUCAACGGCUUCAAAGAAACUUCCGCACGCUCUCCGAGGAUUCAUUCGGUGCACAAUCAAAGCAAAGAGUUUUUAAAAUGUAUUUUUCAAGAGUGCGUGCUCAUGUAAUUCUGAUUCAACACUGUGCUGCACACUUUGAUGAAAUGUUUGGAAAAGGGACAGCACAUAUCUGUGUCGUUAGAAAAGAUGCAUAUUGGUGUGAUGAAUAUUCAGCCUUAACACAAUCUUAAAGGGAUCCAGGGAUAGAAAGACCUCUAGUUCUUAAAAGAUAACGCUAUUAUGAGUUAAAAUAAUUUGAAGCAACAUAAACAUGUUAUCUGUUCAACCCUUUCAAUUUAAACCUGAGAACAACAUUAAUGAGCUUGACAGCACGGUCGAUAUUU